AUGUCAUCUCGUAAUAAUUCUUGUGAUACCGCGAUAGGAUUAUAAUCAAGUAUUGUUUUAUUAUUUAGAAUGAGAACUUAUUGCUCUUAAAGCAGAACUGAAAAAGGCAUAAAGUGUAAUAAUUUAAUAGUAACACAUGUUAUAAGUCUAAAAACAAUUGAUGGAUAGAAAAUAAUCAAUAGACAAAGUGAAAUAGAAAUUGGUAAAUAAUUUAAAUAUUGAGAAUUAAUCAUUAGUAACUAUAUAUAGAAUAUCUAAUUAGCGAAAUUAAGUAAUAAAAUUCGAAAAGUUAAUAUAAGAGAAAACUUAAGAACUUGAAAAAAUGAGUUUGGUAAAUAAAAAUUUGACAGCUGCUAAUAAUUAACUUAUUGUUGAAAUGUCUAAAUAAUUAAAUGGACCAACUUCAGAAGAAAAAGAAAUUCGAAUAUAAUAAAUAAAAAGAUUAUCAAUUAUUGAUGCUAGACCACCUCCUCCUCCACCUUUACCAUUACCACCUUAAAAAACUAAAAUAGAAUAAGAAUAAUAACGUAAAAAACCUAAAAGAUAAUUGAAAUAAUUACAUUGGGAAGCUAUUUUAAUGUAAAAAGUAGAAUAAAGUUUUUGGAAUGAAUUAGAUGAUUUAACUAUAAAAUUAGAUUAUGAAUAAUUAGAAGAACUAUUCUAUUAAUAAGGAAAUGUUACUUAAUCAUAAUAAUAAUAAGUACUAUUAUAAGUAGUACAGUAACCAAAUUUGAAUUAAAAUAUAUAAAUUUUAAAUUAAGAAAGAUCAGUAAGUAUUUUAUAUUGAUAAUAGAGAAGUGUAGAAUUAGUUAUUGCUAAAUAUCGUCUUACAAGUUAAUUAGUAAUAUAGGCUGUUAGUAAUCUCGAUUUAAAAUUUUUGGAUUCUGAAAAAAUUGAAGCCUUAAUGAAAUGUUUACCAUAAGGCAAAGAGAUUGAUCAUUUAGAAAAAGUUAAAUCUAUAAGAAAUACUUAAUAAAUCAAAUUAAAUAUUCCUGAGAAAUUCUUAGUUGAAUUAUAUGAUAUGCCAUUUUUUGAAGAAAGAUUAAGUUCUAUAAAUUUUAAGAUGAGUUUUAUUGAUAUAAAGAAAUCGAUUGAUAUGAAAAUGUUAUUACUUAAAAAUGCUUGUUAAUAAUUAUUACAAUGUAAAUAUUUGGAGAAAUUCUUAUUGUGUUGUUUAGCAGUUGGAAAUUAUUUAAAUAUAAAUACUACUAAAGGAAGUAUAUGAUAUGAUUAAUUAUUUAUAAGUAAUAAAAGGAUUUAAAUUAGAAUCGAUAGAAAAAUUUAAUUUGAUUAAGGGAAAUGAUAGAGAAACUUCGUUAAUAAUUUAUAUUAUAAAUGUGGCAGAACAGUAAAAUAUCACAGUAUUUAAUUAUGAAGAUUAUGAAGAUUAAUUGUUAAAUAGUUAAUUAAUGAAUUUAAUAGUAGAAGUGUCUAAAUUUUCAUUAAUUUAAAUAUUUAAUAAUGAAAUAAAUCAGAUUAAGAUUGGAUUAAAACAUUUGGAAAAGAUGUUUACAAUAAAUGACUAAAAUAUUAUAGAAGCUUAUCAGGAAUUCUAAUAGGAAGUAUUAGAUUAUUAUAAAGUAAUUGAAAAUGAAUAUUUGAAUUUACAAAAACUAUAUGAGAAAUUAUGUGAUCAUUAUGGUGAGAAUUAUUAAAAUUAUGAAUCAGAAAAAGUAUUCUAAAAAUUCAAUUAAUUGUUAAAUUUGGUGAAAAAGGCAAAAAUAUAAUCAAUAUCAAUGAAACUAUCUUAAGUAAAUGAGAAUAGGAUUAAAGAAACAUAAUCUCAAUUAUCAAGAGUUAGAUAGAGCAGUAAAUAAUUAAUAUAAUACAUAAAGUUAUGGUAGAAGAAUAAGAAUAAGGAAAUUCUGUUAAGAAAUAAGUGGAAUAAGCAAAACGAUUACCAUUACAUGAACUAUUAAAAUUAAAGAGUAAGUUUAAAGCCAAAGGAAAUGGGAAAUUAUAAGAGUGAAG